UCGUUCCUUCUUCCCUUCCCUGUUGGAUCAGAUGAUUCUGUGACGGCAAGGUGUUGGUGGAUCAGAGAGAUUAGGUGGGGCCUAUCGUGUCUCGUGCCAUUGCUACACUCCCACACCACCGUCGGAAAACAAUUGGUUGGCUGAUGCCCGCCGCCGCUGGUGUACUGAUGGCGGGAUUCAGAAGCCUCGCGCCCAAGACCAGGAACCUGGUGGUGGCUGGGGGACUGUCCGCCUUCGUCCUCGGGGUCUACUACUACACUAUGAGAGCGGUGGGAGGCACAGACGAGCUGCAGGUCGCAAUCGACAAGUUUGAGGACAUGAAGAAGAAGGAUGCCGGAAACAACUCCAACGCAGGAUCCUAAACGCAACUCUGCACCCUUCCUUUCUUUACUGAACUCGGAUCUGCUUACAUGACAGCUAAGUUCGCCCAAGACCAUGCUUCUAUGUAAUAAUUGAUGGGUGGUACUCCUAUUAGAUAGAUAGGCGAGCUUCUACGUUGAUGAAAGCUAGCUGUAUGUAUUGUUUUGGUUCCAAAUAGUGGUUGCAAUGACUGAAGUUUGCCUGAACGACGAUACUAGUAUGGUAUAGCAUGAUGAAGAGACAUGCAUGGACUAGAAAUUUUGUA